AUGGAUAUUCAGACAGACAGACCCCGAGGUGGGGGUAGGGCCAGAGGUAGAGGCAGGGUUCCCCCUCAGGAGGAGUUUUAUCAAGAGGAGGAGGUGGUGCAACCUGUUCCACCUGUGCUUGAGAUGGUAGAUGUCACUCGUCUGUCGAGGUUGGCAAGAGAGGUUAUUAAGCUGGGUGCAGUUCCCUUUCAGGGAGGUACAGACCACAUGUCGCCAGAUCAAUGGAUCAAAAACAUGGAAAACUAUUUUAGGAUGGUCGUCUGUACCAACAGCGAGAAGAGAGAUAUAGCUACCUUUCUGUUUCAAGACGAAGCACGGGUAUGGUGGGACUGCACACAAAGAGCAGAGGAUGUGUCCAUCAUGACCUGGGAGGGUUUUGUGAAACGCUUUGGGGACAAGUACUUUCCAGCUUCGGUGAGAGAGCAGUUAGAGAUCGAAUUCCUUGCGCUGGUUCAAGGGGAAUUGAGUGUCAGAGACUACGAGGCUCGGUUCUCACAACUGCAUCGGUUUGUUAGGAAGAUGGAUGCAGAGGCAUUGGCUCACAAGUUCCAGCAAGGACUGAAUCAUGAGAUGGUGGCACUGAUCCUUGCUACUGCCAUGGCAAUUGAACAAGAGCUUCAGGCUCACCAGAAGGAGGUGUCAGCAACGGAGGACUCCCAAGGAAAGGGAAAAGCAGCUACGGAGAGCAGGAGUGCACUAGGUACUCAAGGUGGGUCCUGGAAGAGGCAGAGGACUCAUCAGCAGGCUCCAAAUGGAGUUGCAGCUGAACCUAUUAGGCAGGUUAUGCCCCCAACAUGUUAUAACUAUAAUGGAGUGGGUCAUCUGGCAAGGCAGUGCUUGAAGCUGAAAACUAGGUCAUGUUUUAAUUGUGGACAGAUAGGACAUCUAGCAAAUGAGUGUACCCAACCUCGGGUCAUGAGACAGAGGAAUCAGCAGAAUCAGCAACCUCCAGGAAAUGCCAGAGUGUUUGCUCUUUGUCAGCAGGGUGCAAGGGAGGAAGGUACCUUAUCGGUGUUUAAAUUCUUUUGCUAG